CGCUCUCACUUGAAUUGCGGCGUCGUUGUCUAAAGUGGUGUGACUUGGGCGUCCCGCAGGGUCAUCGCAUAUUGAUGGGAGUGCAGCUGCUGCGUUCACAUCCCCAACGAUGGACUGCGGCGAGCCUAGCGCUCUGCUCAACCGGGAACACCUCAUCUACGCCAUCACGGUCCCGCUGUCGGCAUCUAUCAUCCUGGCCAACCUGGUCAUCAUCUUGGGGAUCAUGUGCAACCGCCAGCUCCACAACACCCCCAACUACUUCUUCCUGAGCCUGUUAGUGGCGGACCUGUGCACGGGCGUGGCUCUGCCUUUCAUACCUCUGAUGGGACUGAACCGCGAGCUGAGCUUCGGCUCCUGCCUGGUGGCGCACAUUUUCCCAAACUUCCUCUUCCUGGCGUUUCUGCUCAACCUUGUGAUGGUUCACUACGAGCGUUACAUCUGUAUCGCGGAACCCUUGCACUACAGCAAUUUGUGGAUGCACCGAAGUUUUCCCCUGGCUCUGCUGCUAGUAUGGGCGCCGCCGCUUCUGUACGCGUCGCUGCCCGCCUUCGGCUGGAACAACUGGACCGGCCCGGACUGGAACGGCUGCUGCGCGCGUGGCCAAAAGUUGAGCCGCUCGUCAAAUUGUUCCACCAAUGUCACCGCGUGCUGCUCAUACAGACGCGUGUUCCCCAACGCCUUCAUCUACCUGGAGGUCUACGGUCUCGUCCUGCCUGCCAUCCUCACCAUUGCCGCCAUGACGGGACGCGUGCUGUGGAUCACGCGGGGCCAACUGAAGGACAUCUGCCGGCUCCAUCGCUCGGUGGAGCGCGGCCAGCCAUCGGACCGGGAACAGCGGCUGAACAUGCGCUACACUCGCUGCGUGGUGGCCGUGUCUCUGACCUUUCUUGCAUGCUGGGUUCCUUACCUCAUCUACAUGCACGUGUGCAUUGCCUUCUUGAUCAGCGACACCAAAUGGAACUCCAACACACUCAUCGUACUCUCAUGCACCGGUAUCGGCAGUAUGGCUGUGGUGCCGCUGGUGUUGGGCCUCGCCAACAGGCAGUACACAGAACCGGCGUACAAGCUGCAACAGAAACUUCGAGACAGGUUGAGUCGGAAGAUGCGGACUUCAAGAGAGCCUGAAGUGAGGGAAAAUACCAAUGACAAUCUUGAGUAGCUCCUGUUCAGAUGCAGCUAUAGACAUACAUUAUUCAUGGUAAUCUUUGGCUUUCGUUUGAAAACAAUUGAAAGGUUCAAAGGCAUAAGACAUCUCCGUUUUUUGUCAAUUAAAUAAAAGGAUUUUUUUUUCAUUUCCGAUUCCAGGAAAGCUAAUACGGAAACUUUGAUUUAAUAAAAACAACUUCCAAAGCAGUUUUAGAGGUCAGUUUAUCACAAAGCUAAACAAUUUCAUGAAAAGAUUUCAAAAUGUUUACAAAACACAAGAAGUUCGCCCAAAUAAUGAGUAUUAUGCUGGAAGCAAUGGCAACGUGAACUUUCGCCUCCGGAUAUCCGCCCGAGUUUGAUCAUGGGAGUUGUGUAAUGUGUGUUUGCUUCAUUCUUGCCCCACUAUCCUCUGACUGAAAAAAAAAAGCCUGAACAUUGCUAGUCAACAAACAAUUGACUAAAACAACCAGUGUGUUGUUUGUGCUAGAAUUCGGGCAAAUGCUAUUGCUAGCUUGUUUGGAGCCAACAGCUGAAAAUAAGUAGCUUCAAAUUUACGCUAGGCAGAUAUGACAACAAUUCGACAUCUUUUUUGUCAAAAACGUUUUUAUUCCUCUCACAUUUAAGUGUACACAUUGUAGUUAGGUUUGAUGGGAAAAAUUUCCACCAGUUCCAGUCCAUUUUGAAAAUCCCUGCUGUACAGUACUGGAAACUCAGAAGCAAGAACUCCGUUUU